AUGUUCUCGCCAUCCACGGAGACGAGGCCAACAGAGACCCCAGGCCCCGGCGGCCCGGCGGGGGCUUCCACCAGGCCGGUGCCCGGCCCCUCCGGGGCGCGGGCAGCCCCCGGCCACCCCCGCCNGGUGACGGUGCUGCUGGCCGCCAACCUGACGGGCAGCCACAAGCUGAAGCCGCUGGUCAUCGGGCACCUGCCCGACCCGCCCAGCCUGCGCCACCACAACCAGGACAAGUUCCCGGCCUCCUACCGCUACAGCCCCGACGCCUGGCUCAGCCGCCCGCUGCUGCGGGGCUGGUUCUUCGAGGAGUUCGUCCCGGGCGUCAGGCGCUACCUGCGCCGGAGCUGUCUGCAGCAGAAGGCCGUGCUGCUGGUGGCCCACCCGCCCUGCCCGAGCCUGGCCACUAGGAUCCCUGCCCUGGAGGAGAGCGAAGAGACCCCCAGGCGGUGCCGGCCGGAGCCCCUGGGUUCCCCGGAGGAGCUGCAGACGCCGGACGGUGCUGUGCGGGUGCUGUUUCUGUGCAAGGGCAGCGGCCGGGCGCACAUCCCCGCGCCGCUGGAGCAGGGCGUGGUGGCCGCCUUCAAGCAGCUGUACAAGCGGGAGCUGCUGCGGCUGGCCGUGUCCUGUGCCGGCGGCUCCCCGCUGGACUUCAUGCGCAGCUUCAUGCUCAAGGACAUGCUCUACCUGGCCGGGCUCUCCUGGGACCUGGUGCAGGCCGGCAGCAUCGAGCGCUGCUGGCUGCUGGGCUUGCGGGCCGCCUUCGAGCCCCGGCCCACCGAGGGCAGCGCUGGGCACUCUGCCUGCCAGGCCGAGGAGGCCGCGGAGGCCGCCGAGCACAGCAGGGUGCUCAGCGACCUCACGCAUCUGGCGGCUCUGGCCUACAACCGCCUGGCCCCUGAGGAGGUAGCAGAGUGGCUGCACCUGGACGAUGACGGGGGCCUGCCCGAGGGCUGCAGAGAGGAGGCGGGCCCUCCGCGGCCCCCCACGCUGACCCCUGCAGCCCCUCCGCCCCCAGCCAGCCUGCCUUCUGGUAUGGGGGGCGGGGAGGAGGAGGAGGAGGCUUCUGAGCGUGGGGGGGCCUCGGUGCCCACCGCUGGGGAGGCCAUCCGGGGUCUGGAGACAGCUCUGCGGUGGCUGGAGAGUCAGGACCCCAGGGAGGUGGGGCCGCUGAGGCUGGUGCAACUGCGCUCGCUCAUCAGCAUGGCGCGGAGGCUGGGGGGCAUCGGGCCCUCCCCCGCUGUCCCUGAUGAUGGUGUGUGAUCGUGCUGGUCCAGUGGCUUCUCCUGCUGCACUUGGAGGGAAGGGACACAGUCUCCCAUCUCCCCUCCUCUUCCUUCCCUGGGGGGCCCACCACGUGGGUACAGGGAGUUACAGGGAUCCAAGCUCAGCCUGGCUUGGAGAGGCUCUGUUGGUGAAAGGCAGUGCUGCCCACCAGUCCCCCAGUCUCCUGGGGCGAUAGCUGCAAGAGAGGCCCCUGGCCCGAACACCUCCCUGGGCAAGCACACUGUGGGGUCCCCUCGUGCACGCUGAGCACUCGAAGCACAGCACCUGUCAGAGAGGAGUGGCCUGUGCUCCCCCUCUGGUCCUUGUGGGGCCGAGGCCUCCAGACCCAAGCCCGUCUUCACCUCCUCCCCUCCCCAGCCGCCCGUCAUGUGCACUGGACAAGGGCUUAACACCAGCCCUGGUGCUCCGUGGUCCCAUGCCACAGCACAGCGGUCAUCUCAGUGGGGAAGCACACCACUUUUUAUUUUUCUUAACAGAGUAAAUCCGUUUUUAGAAGAUACUCUUCAGAGGGGGCUGUGAGAACAGGGCAGGGUGGGGUGGUCUCCAGGCUGCCCCUUGCCAUUGCUCUGGAGACCGGAGGCCCUGAAGGUACUGUUUAGUCCAGACCUAGCCCCCCACCUGGGGGUGGGUCUCGGGGCAUCAUGGUGGAGUGGGGAGGGUCGGAUGGAGCCCAGUUCUCGGGCUUCCUGGGGUUCUGAGGCAACAGGGUGUGUAGAUUUCUGUUGCACUCAGACUUUUAGUUUUCCUUCAGAAAAUUCCGUUCUGAACAGAUCUCUUCUAUGGGGUUGGCAAGUGGCUGGAUUUGGGCCCUGGUGACUUCACCAGUGCAGGACAGGCUCCCCUGAUUACCCAUCAGCUACAGGCACUGUCCAGUCCAGGGACUGGAGCCACCUGAUGUACCCAGGAGCAGGCCCGGGCACUGACAGCCACCACGGGAUGAUCCUCAGUGCCUCAGUGCCUUAGUGCUGGCCCCCGUGGGCUCUUUCUGCCCCAGCUCUCUCAACCCCCACUUUUCUGCCUUUCCUGGCCCGGCCCAGAUGUGGCUGAGGAGCUGUUUCCUAGUGGCCCAGUUUGAAAGAGUGAGGAAAGGGCUCCAGCGACUUCAGUUCUCUAUGGUUCUGCUGCUCCUUCCAGUUCUAAAUUCAGAGUCCUGCUGGUGGUCUGGGGCUGAGAAAUGCCUGUGACUCUGUUGGGGGGAAGGGAGUCUGCUUUUGUAGAGUGCUGCUGAGCCCUGGGAGGGGCAGGGGACUGGUUCUGGAGAGGCCGCUUGCUUCCCGACGCUCUCGCCUUGUCCUCACCUGCCCCUCUGAGGAGUAUCCUCUGAUCAGGAUCCUGAGUGCAGGGGCCCGCCCAUUCACAGAAGGAAAGGGUGUGCACCGGCCUGGCAGCUGAGCUGGAGGGAGCCCCCGAGAGUGGUUUCCACAAAAGCCCGAGAACAAACAGUUCCUUGGAACUGUCCCCAACUAAAACAACUUCUUUCUCAAAUCUGAGAGCUGAGGGA